AUGUCUAAGUGUUCGUUUUCUCUCCCUGUUAAACAAUUACUACAUCCAGGGGAAUCACAACGUGAUGAUCCUUCUGAUUGUUACGAUGUUUUUAUUAAAUUUCAAUCAGCAAAAAAUAUACCAAAAAUGGAUUUAAUUGGUCAUGCUGAUCCAUAUUUUGUAGCAAACAUUGAUGAAAAAAUUUCAUUUACAUCGACAAUUGUGCCCAAUACAGCAUCACCUCAAUGGAACGAUCACGAAUGGAUCGUUCGAAACAUACCUUCGACAGCAAAACUCUCUGUCAGUGUUUACGAUAAAGACGACAAAAAGCCUAUCGAUGAUUAUAUAGGUUCAUUUAAAAUUUUGAAUAUCGUGAAUUAUCAUCCACAUCUAGAUGGACAUACUAUCCGUGGCAUAUUAAAUCGAGAUCGCGGUCGCUUUUAUUUAUCGAUUAACGCAGUUAAAUCAAAUAAUGAAAGUCAACAACUUGCACGUUAUACGAACGAUAGUCCUUGCCGAUACUCUCGACAUGAUGAUACCAUUGCUGGUCAAUUCACCAAACUCAAUAACGAGCAUGUCUAUUCAACAUUUGAAAUACAACUAAGACGUAGUACAUAUUUUUUUCGUCAACAUGGUCGACAAUAUUGGAGUCGAGAUCAUGAUUUGGCUCAAAUCGUAUUCGGUACACAUCCACUUGGAUUGGUUACAAAAACUUCGGUUAAACUUGCACAUCGAGCACUCUAUGAGCAAACUGUAAAACAUAAUGAAAGUGGAGUACUACACAAUGGCGACGAGUUAUGGAAAUUAGUAUUCAUGGAUAAAACAACACAACGAAUUAAACCUUGCAUCUACACUUAUACUAUUGAUGAUAGUACAUGGAGAUUUAGUGAGACAAAUAAUAAAUGUUUUACUGACUAUGUGAGUAAACAUGUUGUACUAGCUGAUGCUUCCGAAUAUGUACUUUGCGCAGGCCAAUUUCAUCCUCGCCCUAAAUUCGGCUGGAAUCGAAGUAGUGAUGAUUGGGAGCUGGUGUUUGACAAUGCAUCCGGCACAUACACACCUGGUAUUCAUGUAUUAGAAAGUUUGAAAGAACUUCUGUUGUUUAAUUUUCCUGGCUUAAGUAUUGUCACGUAUAACUAUAAAGAUCCAUUGCUGAAAGAAAGUCUUGAACAAUUGAAACUGGCAGCUAAAAACUAUGAAAGCCAUGACAAAAUAUGA